AUGGCCUCAACCAUCGUCAGCGCCACCACCUGCCGGGCAGCGUACGCCGUGGCCUUGAUCUCCAUCACUGCGGUCGCGCCCACGCUCGCGUCGGCCACGUCGCUCGGCCCGCUAUCGACGGGUCUCGCCCUCGAUGCUAUCGCCACGGCGAUUGUGUAUGCCUUCUCGUUUGCGAGCAACAACUCGUCUGUGUACGACCCCUUCUGGUGCGUCCUGCCGCUGUGGCUCGGGAUCUUCUUCAAGAGCCUCGCGCCUGGUGGCGUCUGGUUCUACGAGCCGCGCGAGACGCUCGUUUUGGUCCUGCUGUGGGCGUGGGCGGUGCGCUUCUUUGUGGCGAUUCCGUGGGACGGCUGGACGGUGGGGCUGGAGCGCGAGGACUGGCGGUACGCCGACUUCCGCGCGAAGCUGCCUUCUCCAGCGUACUGGGCCUUCUCCUUCUCCUCGCUCCACCUCACGCCGACGCUGCUGGUGUGGGCGGCGCUCGCUCCGGCGUCUCGCGUGCUGCUGCAGGGCACCGCGGCGCCGCCGCUCAACACGCUCGACGCCGCCGCCGCGCUGCUGGCCGGCGGAGGCAUCCUGCUCGAGGCCGUCGCCGACGCGCAGCUCUCUCGCUUCCGGCGCGACCGCGGCGGGCGGGACAGCUGCGCCGUCGGGCUGUGGAGGUGGAGCCGCCACCCAAACUACUGCGGCGAGUGCACCUUUUGGUCGGGCCUGCUCGGCUUCGGCUUCAGCAGCGGCGCCGCGCAGGCCGAGCCGCUGCUCGCCGUCGGUGCGCCGCUGAUGUGGCUCUUCUUCCGUGCCGCCUCCGUGCCCCUCAUGGACGGGCGCUCGCAGAAGCGGCGCCGUGGCUACGACGUGAUCAUGCGGGCGGUGAGCCCGCUGCUGCUCUGGCCGCCGCGCGGCGAGCUCGCGCGGAGCAUGCCCACCCUUGUGCAGGGUCACGCAGACUAG